CACGCGUCCGCAUACAAGUCUUUCUAAGAAGUCGUCUUGGUAAAAUUAGGGGUUGGGUAGUUCAAUGGAAAUCGGGUGGAUUCGCUCUCCUUUCUUCCCCUCAUGCUGCUGCCGGUUACAUUGAAGCCUAUCAAUUUCCUCGCCCCCAUGCUCGCCUCCGCCCUCUUCCUCCUCCUCCUCUUCUCCGGCUACAUCGAGCUCCCCUCCCUCUCCUCCUCCGCCCCCCUCCCCGUCUCCUCCAGUUCUGCCACCGCCGCUGAUCGCCCAAAGUUCGCUUUCACCGAUCUCACCUCCGCCUUUGAUCUCUGGGACUCCCAUGUCGGAUGCGGCCGAUUCCGCGCUGCGCACACAGGAUGGUCCGCUAACGCCUCCGCGUUGCAGGCCGGCCGCGCCGCAGGCGAUUGCAGGGCGGACGGGGCGAGCCAUGUCAGCGUUCUUGUCAAGGGUUGGACUUGGAUCCCCGACAAUAUGGAUAAUUUAUACUCCUGCCGCUGUGGGCUUACCUGUCUAUGGUCCAAAUCGUCCAUCCUAGCCGAUAAUCCCGAUGCGGUUUUAUUCGAGAGCGUGACGCCGCCAGCCACGAGGAAGAAAGGUGAUCCACUCCGUGUUUAUAUGGAUCUUGAAGCCAGUAGAAAACCUUCAGGAUUUGAGGAUAUUUUUAUUGGUUACGAUGUCACGGAUGAUGUUCAAUCCACAUAUGCUGGGACUCUUUUUCACAAGAGUCGUAAUUACCAUGUGUCCUCUCAGAAAAGGAAGGAUGUCCUGGUGUACUGGUCUUCUUCUAGGUGCCUUCCCCAACGAAACCAGCUUGCCAUGAAAUUCUUUUCCCUCGUUACUCAUCAUUCAUUUGGCAAAUGUUUGAACAACGUCGGAGGCCCUAAUGUUGCACUCUCUCUCUACCCAGAAUGUGCCAUGGGUGACAAGUCAGUUCCUCAGUGGUGGGACCAUCUACAUUGCGCCAUGUCACAUUACAAGUUUGUCCUCGCCAUCGAAAACACCAUGACUGAGAGCUAUGUUACUGAGAAGCUCUACUAUGCUCUUGAUGCCGGUGCAGUGCCCAUCUAUUUUGGAGCACCUAACGUGUGGGACUUCAUACCUCCAAAUUCGAUAAUAGACGCAUCCAAGUUUAGCUCUCUAGAGGAGUUGGCUUCAUAUGUAAAAGAACUAGCGGAGGAUCCGAUUGCGUAUGCAGAGUACCAUGCCUGGAGGAGAUGCGGUGUGAUGGGAAAUUAUGGGAAGACUCGAGCCACCAGUCUCGACACAUUACCAUGUAGGCUGUGUGAGUUUGUGAGCGGGAAGGGAGGGAGGAGUGCAAGAGCAAUUUAGUGUUGUGAUUAUAGGCCUUCAUUCAGAUGUGACUGCCAUAAGCUUUGUACUAAUACUUCCACGAGUAGAUUUCAUAGGUUUCUUUUUCUUA